AUGGAAGGUUUUCAACUCUUAGAAACAAUGCUUUACGAACGAUCAAUCGGGUUCUACUUGCUAGAACCUCAUUUAAAUCGAUUAACUCAAUCCGCAUCCUAUUUCUCGGACGAGUCCAACGACAACUCGUUUGUAAAUUGUACAAUGUCAGAUUUUCGGGAAUUUAUCAAAGCUAACUUGCAAGAAUCCGUUAAAAAUAUCGGAGAUGAUAAGAGACGAAUAGUAAGGUUAACGGUAGACAAGCAGGGAGUCCCAAAUAUAUCAACCUUUGCAUUUCAACCUAUACAAGAACCGGUAAAAAUAACUUUAGACACGCAGCCAACCCUUUCUUCAAACAAAUUUCUUUAUCAUAAAACAACCAAAAGAGAUAUGUACAACGAUGCCAGGAUUCGAGUAGGGUUAGAAUCCAAAGAGGACUUAUUUGAUGUAGUAAUGUACAAUGAAAAACAUGAAAUAACUGAAUGUUCAAUAGCAAAUAUUGCCGUACAAUGUUAUGAUGCGGAAAAUAAUGUUAAAUUCUGGAAAACUCCUCAAAUCGAAUGUGGACUAUUGGGAGGCACGAUGAGAUCUCAAUUAAUAGAAAAUGGAGAUAUCAUCCCCGGUAUAAUAUCAUUGGAUGAUAUAAAAUUAGCACAACAGGUGUGA